UACAAGGUUACGUGGCACCGGAAUUUAUUAAUGUGAAAAAAGCAUUUAUAACUAAUUUCGAAAAUGGUGAAGAAGUUGGAUCAAGUGUUGCGGUUUACUAUGAUGGCAAAUUAGUAGUUGAUUUACAAGGUGGAUACGCUGAUCUUGAGACAAUGCAUGAAUACGAUAAUAAUACAUUACAACAAGUUUUUUCGUGCACUAAAGCUUUUAGUGCAAUCGUAAUAGCACGCUUAGUAGAUCAAGGCAUUCUUGAUUACAAUGAGAAAAUAUCCACAUAUUGGCCAGAAUUUGCUCAAGGUAAUAAGGAAAAUGUUACACUUAAGGAUCUAGUAAAUCACUGUGGUGGAGUAAGUUAUUUCGACAAGGUGGUAAAAUCUGAUUUAGAAGAUCUUGAUAAAUUGGCAAAAAUUCUUGCUGCUCAACCGCACGCGUUCGGCGGAGUUCCCAAUCGAGCAUAUCAUGCAGUAACUUAUGGUUGGUAUUUAAAUGAGGUUGUUCGUAGAGUUGAUCCGAAACAUCGCACUAUUGGAAAAAUCGUUUCAGAAGAAAUUUUGACGCAAUACGAUUUAGAAUUUUAUAUAUCAUUUCCACCAAGUCUUAUAUCGAGGGUUGCAAAAAUAUAUAAAACAUCUACCGUCAAAACAACUAUUGAGAUGCUUAGUGUCUUUAAGAGUUGGUGGGCUGGGAAAGUGCCAGGAUCUUUUUUCUCAGAAUUUAUUAAUAAAGAAAGCGUGAUAUAUAAAACUUAUGAAGCUUUAUAUCCUCUUUCCACGACACCCAUUGACCAUUCAAAGUUAGAGAUUGUUACUGUAGAAUGGCCAAGUGCAAAUGGACUUACAAAUGCCAAGUCAAUUGCUAAACUAGGUGCCAUGAUUGUAAAUAAUGGCCAAUCUCUUAGUGAUGAUAGUAGUUCAUCAUCGUCUAGUGUUAGUUCUAAACCUUUUCUUUCAAAGUCCAUAGUUGAUCUUAUCUCUAUAAAAUCGCCAGCAAUUUUUGAUUAUGUUUAUUAUUACAACAUUACACCUUCAUUUGGUGGAUUUGUUUAUAUUAGAUUUCCUGGUAUUGAAGAUGUAGAAUUUCUGGGAUGGGGAGGAUACGGUGGAAGUUUAUUUAUAUGGAACCGGGAAUUAGGAAUCUCAUUCGGUUACGCUAUGAACGGCUUGCGAAUGCAUCCAAUGGGAGAACUUAGCGAUAAAAGAGCAUGGAGUAUAUUAAAAGAAGUUGUGAAUGUUGUCAAAAAAUUAAAAAGAGAGCAAGCCUAA